AUGAUUCAGCUUGAGGGAGUCUUACUUUUUGCACUCGAUGUCGUCAAGGGGCCGUACGUGCACUGUGGUGCGCCUUAUAAUCCUUUUGCAGGAUAUGAUGCGGAUGACCAUGCCACAAGCCGCCACUUGAACCCAGCCAAUAACACCUCAACCUCCUCGGUGCGGAUUUUUCAGGAUGAUGAUACUGGCGUAUUGAGUGAGGGGAACUUCGCCGUGGAUCGGAUGCAGGGUGGAACCUCUGAGGCUCUCUUUAGUUCUGCUGCGAUAAGCAUGGAGUCCACCCACGGCGCGACCACGACCGCCACUUUCACCGGUGACCGCGGCAUAAGGGGGCUCAUUGAUCUUUUCGUGCCACGUUCAGAGUUUUGUCAUCGUGUUCUGUGGCUGCAUCCUGCGGAGUCAGGCUUUUUUUACCUAUAUUAUCCUGAAGAAAUCCCCGGUGAACAUUACCAACGCAAAACUCUACGCUACUCGCUUUGCUUUAUGUUUCAGGUCGACUCCCAUUGGAUGACCAUUGGUGAGUCUCUGAUUCGGAGGCUCGUGAAGCCCUACAGUAUGAUGCUCCGCAACGUUGCCGAGAAACUAAGGUACGCCGAGGUAAAGUACGGGUACAUCAGUCGUGCUCUAACUGUGACUAAUGCCUUUCCUUCAGGGCACUUCAACGACGAGCACACAGAAGUAUCUCCCCCAACAUCGGCCAUGACUCGCAACAACGCCCUUUCUAAUUGUGCCAAUGAGGAAGAGAACUACGCUCCAUCGAGUUCUGAGUGCGGGAAGAAUACUUCAAUGACAGGCAUGAAAUCGACGUUCUCUGGAUCUAAUCUUACCACAGCAAAUAUGCAGCACCCAACCACUACCCGAAAUCCAUUUGUUCCCUUUUCUUCCUUCAAUUACCCGUGCGUAACGAGUACUCUGCCAUCUCAGUCUGCGGUCACGCCAGAAGAAGUGGCAUCAUAUGCUGCCAAUGUAAAAGAUGGCGCAAUACCCUGUGAAGCGAAGCCCAUCGCGCCUCCAACUUUAUUUUCCGUGUCGUCUACGCUUGAAAAAACACUCGAUACCUUCGGGGAUAUUCCCGAGGAGGCUGUAGGGAUCCCCGCAGACGGAGCCAUCGUGGAAGGGGGUAGAAAAGGCCCUGACGACGAGGAAGAGGCAACCUCCAGGACCACGGUAGCCACGGGCGCCGUCCCGCAGAACAAUCUAGAGGAUCCCACACCGCACCCUUCCCACUUUCCAACCUUGACGUCCUCUUCAGGCCUGAGCUCCGAGUACAUUCCCCCUGAUAUGCUAUACCGACAACUAUGGACGUCGGGAACAUUCACCUCGACGUUCUCCCCGACGGCAGUGCCCGCCGUGGCGGCAGCGACUCUCUAUCCCGUGAUCAAUUGUUUCAUUACGCCGCUGGUGGAGCACCGGUGGACGCCGCUGGGGGAAUUCAUUGAAGGGCUCUACCACGUCCUGCGAAAGGCCGACCUGGAAGAGGCCACUGUUGGGAAAAACGCUUUUGAGGCGGACAGUGCUCUAGAGGCGGCGGAGCGAAGGCAGGCGGUUGGCGUGCCCCUCGACCGAGAGCACACGUGGGUUCAACCGAAUAUGGAGCCGUCCGCGUCGAUGUUAUCUACUACGAAAGUGAUGGCUCGGGUGGUGGUUUCCUCCCCGCUCAAGCUGAGCCGCGAAGGCGGCGGGAUGCAUUUGAUGGGCGCGGGAAACAAGGCGGGGGAGAUGGUGAAGCAGCUGGGCGGUAUUACCACCAAGGUGAACUGUGGUAGUGUUUCUGCGGCGUUUGUCGACCGAUGUGCAAAGCGGAUCGAACGACGUGCGGCCACACUGGCAACACGCUUGCGUGAAAAAAAGGUCUAUGAUCCCAAGUCCGUGUACUUGUCCAACAACCUUGAUAUUCGUAUUUCGCGCAUAGCACCUCUUAAGGUCGCGGAGACGAUUCGUCUAGAUCAAGUCCCCAUUCCUAUCGUAUCGUACAGCGCGGAGAAGAUGGAAGUCUUCGAGCGGAUGGAUCUUUUUGUCCACGAGGCACUGAAGCUUGUCGACGGUUGCCGUACCGUGGCGGCCAUCGCCUUUAUCUUAUCGAUGAAGAUGAGCGCGCAGCUGAAGGAGUUUUACAGCACAGCAGUGCAGAGUGUCGCUAGUUCGGCAGCAAGGGCAGCUAUUACCUCAAGUAACAGAAAGCAUGCAUUUCAAAGUGAGCAAACCAAGAGAAGGAGUGGGGUACACGGAGGUGUAGCUAACAGCACUUCACUUGGUAACGGUCUAGAGGUGUCAUCGGCUCCCUUUUGCCAGACUUCGAAGGGGUUGAAUCACAACCUCUCAACACAUGUUCUCGUCAGCGUUUUCCACUAUGCUCCUGCGAAUGGGUCAGCGGCGUUCGCAUCUAAUUCUCUUGCGACAGGCCAUUCGAAAAAGCGCAACUCUAGCGGUAACUGUCCCCCGAACGGUAUUGCUCACAACCAGAGUGUUCCAUCUAUGGUGAAGCAGCGUCAUCCACCGGACAUGCUGUUGAAUGUGCUCGAGCGCGGUACGAUCAAUGUGCUAAACCCAAACGUACCUGCACUCUCCUCUCUUGCUUCUGAAACGUCGAUGGUGAUUGAGCUUCCAGCCAACUGGAAGGUCGUCCUGAACGCUCUUGUGGAGGCCUUACUUCACUUGCAAAUGUGCAAUUUUGUGCGUUUGCUUGAUUUAUGGAGUCCACAUACGUGCUUUCAGGUCACGGAGCGUUUUUAUGAGAUACUCACCAAUCACAAGCACCCGGCACGUGAAGCCAUCGGCUCUUACAUGCUCCAAGCAACCGAUCAGGUACGCUUUGCACGUCGGAAGAUGGCGCGCGGGCCGGGGGCGCAAAAGUCAGGGAGCAAGCGCCAGGGGAAGGUCAGAUGCAAUUCCAAGGAUAGGGCUGAGCAUACUGACACACCAGAAGGACUGUCCUCUCAGGGUCAAAUACAUAGGACAGGGACUGUGCAGAACCCCCCCAAAUCGAGUUCCUCUGGGCAUGGUAGGAAGUCCCGUUCUGAUGAAGUGCACGAAGCGAAGGGGUCACCACAUUUUUCCGAGACGUAUAGAGCUCUGAAGUCACACGACUCCCUGUCGUCCACCACUCCUACAACUACUACGUCUUUGCUAAUCGUGAAAAAACAACAGGAUAUGGAAAUGGGGAAAAAAGCUUCAUCUUUAAAGUCAGCACUGCCCCUCGGUGAGGAUGGCACGGGUGAGCUAAAUUGGCAAAAUAACCCUUCGAUAACCGCAGCUGGGACCUCUGCUUCCCCGGCGUCUACCUUUUGCAACACAUUCCCUCCUCCAUUUUUGUUGACGCGGCUGCAUUCCCAGCAAGUGCGUGGCGCGACUACAGAACGGCAUGCAAACUACGCCGACCCCCACGCUACCGCUCCUGUCAUUGUGUCUACAGCUACCAACAAUAGGCAUAGCAGAGUAGGAUCCGGAGGACGGGGCGGAUUCGCACCAGGCAUGGCCAUGAGCCCGCUUACCCUUCCUACAACUCUUUCUUCCCAAUCUCCAUCCACACACACCCAGAGGGGAGCUACCUUAGACCCCUCAUCGCCGUCACACACAUCGUCUCCAGCGAGCAUUGCUCUGAGCCUAGGGAUCGGCGUCGGGACGGAAGCGAGAUCCAAUCGAUGGUAUCUGACGCUCUCGGCCGUUCCACUGAGUGCGCACUUGGCCUUGAGGACCUCUGCGUCUAUCCCAUUGUCAGUUCCCGCGGUACCUGGCGAGGACACGACCCCAACCAGUAAGUACGCUUUUCCUACGAGCUGGAGUUCACACGAGGGCAAGUUUUCGGAUUUAAUGAUCGCGAGGAGUGGAAAGGCAGAUUUCAUUGGUGGCAGUAUAAGAGAGCCCAUUGCUGAUGAUGGGGUCGACAGUAGUGAAAGUUUCAUCUCGAGCACCUCCAGCUCCGAGAUGUUGUCUGACUUAUCCUCAUUGUCGUCGUCGACCAUGGCAUCACUGCACGUACCGGACACCAUGGCACCCACGAAUAGCGAUGCCGCAAGCUUUGUCGCUGCAGAGGCAACCGUGCACCGAAAGGCGAGCCAUCAUCUUGAGGUUCCCAAGUCAUGUCCCCCUCCUGUUGCCCCUUCCUCGCUUGGUCGGUACACCACAUCACACACGGAGACAGAGAUAAGUCUGGCGGCGUCCGCCGCACUAUGUGCAUUGGGCAAGUUCCAACACAACACCGUUGAGGCCGUGCAGCUGGAGAUGCGGUGGCUACCAGCGUGGUCGGGUGCUUUCGCAGGUUGGGCGACGCCCUGUUGCUGGGCGUUGGUAGAAUUGGCGACGCUAAACGGCUGGCUUGAAAAGGUUUUUGUUUAG